AUGAGCGACGGAAUGACACUGGCGAUGGAUGCGCCUCUUCCGCCAUCUCCACCCAACGCUGAUUCUCCAUCCCUGGCAAGUAGUGGCGGAUGGAGUGAAGAUUGUCACUUCAACAGUGAUGAUCGCCAAUCGCUUCACAAGAGACGAUCCAGCGUCUCUCUUCAACUCCAGAAAACCGACCAGGGAAAUCAAUUCAUCCUCACCGCUACCGACGCAGCACUUCUCCGGGAGAUCCUUCACGAAGCUGCCCUCACCGAGGGUUUAUCAUCGUCGGUGGGCAGCAGUGGAGCCGGAACCGGAGGCGCAGGUGCCAAUGAUGGUGACAAAGGGACCAGCCCGCGUAAAUAUCGCUUCCCCUUUCGGGAUUUUCAAUUCACCCAGCAGCGAAGUGUCUUUGAUCGACAGAAUGCGUCCUCGGCCUCGUCGCCGUUUCAUGGGUUCUUCACCCUCUUUUGGCUUGGGGUGGCGAUGAUGGUGAUCAAGGUGGCUGCCAAUAAUUAUCGAGCCUUUGGAACCCCCUUUGGCAGAACAGAGAUUAUCGAUCUGAUGCUCAGUCGGGAUCUGUUGGUGUUGGGUAUCACAGACUUUGUGAUGUGUUGGUCGACCAUCUUUUGCUGGGGGUUCCAGCGGAUGAUUUUCGGAGGGUGGGUGCAGUGGAGUGGUUGGGGAUGGAUUAUUCAAAAUACUAACCUUGAGACGGGGGGGGAUGCGGUGGUUCAGAUAUGGCAAACCCUGUACCUGGCCGGGUUUAUCUGGUGGACAUAUCAUCGAGACUGGCCAUGGACACAUACGGUCUUUAUGGUCCUGCACUGCUUGACCAUGUUGAUGAAACAACAUAGCUACGCUUCUUUUAAUGGGUACUUGUCUGAGCUCUACAAGAAGCGCCGUUUACUGCAAGGCCGCCUCAAACGUCUCGAGGACAUGGGUGCGAAUGACCCUCCUCAUGACCAAACACCUCUGCGAGCCAUGAUCACCCCCUCUGCGGAGGAGCUCGUCUCAACUUAUACAUCCCUCAAGAGUCAGCCCCCCCGGCGUGGUUCCGCCGACUACACGGGUAUUCACGCCACCCGCGAUGCGGACCAUCUGUUAUCCCUCUCCGCAACCAUUGACCAGCGGACUACCCUGAACUCGGCGCAACUAGACACUCUCAAGAGUCUCCUGAUCCGCGAGAUUGACGUCCUGUCCGAGGGCCUGCGGGCCGGUAUGCGCCAACGAGCCAGUAUCCGCGGAACUUGA